AUGGGACUUCAAGCUAGUUUUCACCAUUUCAUCUUCAAACUGAAGAGUGAAAAUCGAAAAGAUUACAUUUACCCCAAAUGGAGGAAGAUAUCAUGCCAUGAAAAGCGACAGAACAGUUCUUGGUCGUUCAGGAAAUCCUCAAUUUCUAGCAGGGCGCGACUGAUGACCGCCCGCUUCAAACUCCACACUACCUGUCCUUCCAAAUACAGAAUUAAGGAUGGAGAACUUUCCGUGGCAGAUCAUGUAGAAGAUUUGUGCGUUGGGUUCACAGAGGCAAUGGGUCCUUGUUCAGAAGUUCCUUCGGAUAAAACUUCCCCGUAUCAGACCACAUCUUCGAUCUCUACGAACUCAGGAAACAGGCCUCCUGCACCUGUAUCCAUGGGUCAUGGUUCCUCGCCAUUCGUUGAGGUUGACAGGCAUACAAGCGUUGGAAAAUGCGACUCUAUCAUGGCGGAUGUCCGUUCUAUACAUGCUACACAUUCCGGCAAGCCUCAAGGAAAUUUGCCAUCUACCCUGAAUUCUCAAAUCACUCCCCAAUCAUCCCCCACCAAUAACGUCAUGGAUCAAAAUAGGGUCCAAACUUCACCAACAAGCGUUCUACCUAGAGAGCCAUUGCCGAACGCGAUUUACAUUUCAAACUCAACCCGGUCUUAUGAUUUUCCCAUGACUAUUGGCCGAACUGUGAAACGAUUGGAAGAUGAGGUGCACCGGAGUUAUGAAGAACUUCGAACAUUGAAGAAGGAGAUAGCCGGUCUAAGGGACAAAGAGUCAGAAUUGCAGCAAAGAAAUCAGCGUGAUAGAGAAGAAUGCAGUAGAGCGGCAGCAAUGAGUGGAUGGAUACGGGUUGCAACCAGGGGCGACUCUCGGCUCGAUAAUUUAUCUAAGGUAUUUCAAGGAGAAGAUCAGGCCAAAGACGCAUUGAGGGAAGAGCUGUCGAAAGUGAUGAUCUUCAGAAACGAUAUGCUGCCUGAAGGACUCCCUCAGAAAAGGGCCAAAAAAUUCUUGCUCGAAGCGCUUCUUGCUCACCAUGUCUUUACGAAUGUUUUCUCGUCGCCAUUCUCUUUUCUCGGAGAUGAGUCAACGAGCUUGGAUUCUAUUUAUAGAGCGGGAUUAUCAUGGAGCGUCGCAGAUGCCAACAAAUGGCGCUCUGAUACACUGAGGCUGUUGUUCCCGGAGGCUUCGGAAAAUGAUAAAGCUGAGGCUGUCAGACUCAAGAUACCACCUUUACUUGAUGAUAGAGCGAAAAUUCAAGCAGAUAACUUCUUCAAAAGCCCUGCUCGGUGCUUCUUCGAUGCAACCCCAGAGCUAACGGUCGGUCUCCAAAAGAUAUACCAGCGGGCCGCUGGUCUAGCCUACCAUCUCUGGACUCGACGAUCAAUGCUCAAAAUAGUCACGCGCAAGGACUUGAACUCUUUCUUCCACAUUCGUGACCGACAGAUGGCUCUCCACACUAGCGUGCAAGAAGAUAUCGAAAAUAAGCUAACAGGCCAACUUAUUAGUCUGGUGAUUUACCCCGGUGUUGUGGCCUAUGGCUUGGACGAGUGUGUGGAUUAUGAAACUCCACGACCGUGGAUGCCAGCGAAAGUUUGGUUGCACAAGCCUUUGUCGGAAAAGUCACAAGUACCAGUUGGGCAGGAUUCGGCGAUGAAAGAAUAG